CCCCAAAGUUCCUCACCCGCCUGAGCCCCAGAGCAGUGCUCCCCCUGGGCGUCUCCCCCUUUCCUUUCGCCUCCCCCUGCCCCCUCGGCUGUCACUGUCGCCUUCCCCCGCGGCAGUGGUCCACCGGCCGCAGGAUGAAGAACCCAAUGCUAGAGGCGGUGUCCCUCCUGUUGGAGAAAUUGCUCCUCAUCUCCAACUUCAAGCUCUUCAGUCCGGACGCCCCGGGGGAAGACAAGGCAAGGAGCAGUUCCCAGGAGCUCAGCUCCUUCCGCCGCGGCGACGUCCUGGAGGUGCCCCGGACCCACCUGACCCAUUAUGGCAUCUACCUGGGCGACAACCGUGUCGCCCACAUGAUGCCCGACAUCCUCCUGGCUCUGACCAAGGACAAGAGGCUCACGCAGAAGGUGGUCUCCAACAAGCGUCUCCUCCUGGGCGUCAUCGGCAGGGUGGCGAGCAUCCGCGUGGACACCGUGGACGACUUCGCCUACGGGGCGGAGAUCCUGGUCAAUCACCUGGAUAAGUCCCUCCAGAGGAAGGCCUUGCCCAACGAAGAGGUGGCUCAGAGAGCAGAGAAGCUGCUGGGCAUCACCCCCUACAGCCUGCUGUGGAACAACUGCGAGCACUUUGUGACUUACUGCAGAUUCGGCGCCGGGGUCAGCCCCCAGGCAGACAAGUUUUGUGAGAAUUUGAAGAUAAUUAUUCGUGAUCAGAGAAGUGUUCUUGCUUCGGCACUCUUGGGAUUGGCGGCCAUCACCUGCCUGGGCAUGGCAUCAUAUACUACUCUUCCAGCUAUCCUUCUUCCAUUCUGCUUAUGGAUGGCUGGCUAACGUCUCAUCCUCAUGUCAGUGUGUGUAUUCUGUGUGUAAAUAUGUUUAUAUAGAGAGAGCACAAAUCAGUGUAAGCAUGGUCCAGAAAAAUGUGACCUGAAACACUGUGUUCUGGAUAAAAUGUGAUUAAGAAUCACACCAAGUGCUUACUGUGUAAGCCCAAGAGCGAGGCUUUCUGAAUCUUCCGCAGGCAGUUCCAUUUCGAAGCUCUGUGCAAAUCUUGGAAACCUGACAACUUUGAUAGACUUCAUCAUUACAAGAAAACCAGCCUCUAAGAUGAUGGCUACAGGAGAUAGUUUUUUUCUCUUUCUCCUGUAAUCACUGUUCUUCUCCAAUAGGCCAGAAUCUGAAGAUCAGAAGACUUAUUGAAUGAGGUCCUCAACUUUAUUGUAAAUUUAUUCAUUGAAAAACUUAUAUUAAACUGAAAGAAUUUCCCUUGUUCAGAUGAAAACAUGCUUGAUGAUUGGCCUAAAAAGAAAUUCUCAAUCUUUUACAUAUUAUAAUUACCAAUGAGUCAAGAAUAUUUCAUUACCUGAAACCAUAUUAGCAAAAUUAAGGUUUAUUGAUAAAAUAACUGACUAGAACUAUGGAAAUCUGUGUUUUCCUGCAGAAAUAGCUUCUGUAGCAUCAGUUGAACAAUUUGAUAUAGCUUUACUUAAUAGGAAGCCUAGCAUUCUUCCCCCUCCACCUUUGACGUGUCACUGUGAUCACUUUAAAGGACUCUAAGAGGUAAAUGGAUAUAGGACUGCAAUAAUUUGGAUACUUGGAAUGUAUAUGUACCAAUUAAAUAUGCAGAUAUCCACGUACAUGCAAACUGAUGAAAUUAAGUAUGUUUUUGACUUAUUUAUUAUCAUACCAUUGUGGUUACUAUGGAGCAUGUGUAGAGGUGAAUAUUACAACUAAUUUAGUCCAUUUUCUUAUACCUUUGCCUGUGGUGUAACUUGCAUAUAUUACUUUGGAUGGUUUAGCUUUUAGAGUACUUACUAAUGUACUUUAUAAUUUUUAAAAGCCCUCAGCUUGCUUUCUAGACCUUUUUUUUUUCUUCCCCCACCCCAAUUUCAUUGCCAAGCAUAGCUUGCAUCCUUAAAAGAAGAAUGCCAUAGCAGCAUAUAAGCCCCAAACAAGUAGGACCCAAGGGAAUAACUGUUAGGGAUAAUUUGUGUCUUAGUACUGCCAAACAUGUAAAUUGAUUAUACCAAGGCUGUUUUAAUAUUUGAAUUGAGAUGUAGUGAUGUUAAAGCAAGCAUUCAAGUACUUUAACCAAAAUUAACAAAUUCUAAAAUUAAGCCAAAAGCUAUACUUGUAUUUCAAGUAUUAGUUACUUCAUAAACUACCAAGAAUCACAAAAUAAGUCACAUAAUGAGUGGUAUGAGGACAUGGGCUAAGUCACUCAAUAAUCCAACCAGACCAAAUUUAAGAGCAGAUUUUAGUAACUGAUAUUUUAUCACCACUAAUUUACCCACAAUAAAUCCAGUUGGAGUUUAAUUUUGUGUUUAAUCAUUUAAAUAUUUUAAAUAAUUAAAACAUGAAAUGGCAAUACUACACAAUAAAGUUGUUCCAUGGGCAUGUUCUGACCACUUAAGUUAUUUCAUGUAUGCAUAAAAGCAACCAAGUCACAAAAGCUACUGUCUGAUGUUAAAUCUGUGUUCAAAGAUAAUGAUCCCUGAUUAGAUACCAAGGGAAGUACUUAAGGUUGGAAUGAACAUAAUUAGUCUUGACUCACUUCAUAUCCUUAAAGCAAGAGUCAAUUCAUCUUUCACUUGAGUGCUCACUAUACGCCAGGGACUGACCUGUUUCAAUUUCAUGGUCUAGAUUGAAUCAUUCUAACCAUAUUAAAGUGUAUACAGUGCUAUGGGAACACGAGAAGAAGACAUUAAAUUGUCAAAUAAAUCUCUCUGAAGGAGGCAAUGCUAGCAUUAAGGUGAGAAAUAUAAGAGGUGAUCUUAUCACUGAUGUGUUGUUUCACUACUUAGGAGAAGAGGGAUCUGGAGGGAGGUUUUAUUUACUAAAUGUUCCGAAACACUAGACUUUGUUGAACUUCAGAGAAAAGGAGAGUUUUUGUUUUGUUGGCUCAGCUUGAUUAGUUGCUUAACUAGGUAGAGAAAGAUGCAAAUCUCCCUGAUUGUGGUUGUGGGGGAAGAAAUACUGCACUAUUAAUGUGUCUUGUAAUGAAUUUCAAGACGGCAUCACCAGUUAAGGUUGAUCCUUGUGAUCCUGCCAUAUAUGAGCCUAUGCAUUUCUAAACUUUUCAUUUAUGAAAUGGUAAUCAAGUAGCUUCUUAUUGCUUAUUUUGUUCCUUGCCAUAUCCAUAUGAAGGACAAAUAGGACUACUGGGACUAAGAUGAAAUAAUGCUUGAGUCGGUAUUGUGCAGGUGUUAGGGAUGAAAAGGUCAGUGAGACAUGUAUCUUUUCUUUAAAGUUAAUGGUCACAUGGGUAUAGAUGACACAGUAGAGCUGACUGAAGGCACAGAAAAAGAAGUGUUUAGUUUUAACUAUAAGGCCAAAAUUAUAGGGAUUGUGUAUUGAGAUGAAAAACAGGUGUUUUUCAAGACAUAGAUUUGGCAGAACAUUUUACAUAUGAGAAAAUGCAUGAAAACUGUCCACAGCAUGCCUGGCACAUAAGUGUGAGGUACUCUGCUAUUGUUUUAAGGAUGUAUGCAUAAAAGUUGACUGGACUGAAAGCAUGAAACUGCAGGCACAUUUGGGCAAACGCAAGUGGUUCAGAGGCUAGAGCAGAGCAAGGCUGAUGAGAGAUGUGGGAAAAGAAAAAAGUAACCAGGUGGUAGAAGUCUUGUGUGUAGACCAAAAAAAUGUGGACUUUAUGAAAGGCAAUGGAGAUCUGGGGUUCAGAAAAGUAACUCCCAAAAGUAUGAAGGAAAGAUGGGGGCAUGAGGCAAGACAGGACAAAAGCACCUAUUAGGAUACUAGCUGUGGUCCUAAGUCUUUCAAAUAAAGGCCUGUAAUUGUGAGGGUGGAGAGCAAACAUGUCGAGAAAGUGUCAAAAGACUUCAGCCAAAUCCUUAUGUUUGAAUAACUCUUGGUGGGGUAUCAGAGAAGAGUCAUGUGUCAUUUACAUCGGAAAGUUGGUUCCUGAAAAAUAAAUAUGGUGGCAGUGUGUAUACUGGA